ACCAGCGGAGCGCCCGACACCCCUCCCUCCCCCCCCGCGCCCCUUCCGCGCGGGGCCAUGUCCCGCGGGCACUGCCCCCACCUGCUGUGGGACGUGCGGAAGCGGAGCCUGGGGCUGGAGGAGCCCGGCCUGCUGCGGAGGCACUACCUGGGGAGAAGAGAAUUUAUCCAAAGAUUAAAACUUGAAGCAACCUUGAAUGUGCAUGAUGGAUGCGUGAAUACAAUUUGCUGGAAUGAUACAGGAGAAUAUAUUUUAUCUGGUUCAGAUGACACCAAUCUGGUAAUUAGUAAUCCGUACAGCAGAAAGGUUUUAACAACCAUUCGCUCAGGACACAGGGCCAAUAUUUUUAGUGCAAAAUUCUUACCGUGCACCAAUGACAAACAGAUUGUAUCUUGUUCUGGAGAUGGAGUAAUUUUUUACACUAAUGUUGAACAAGAUGCGGAGACCAACAGACAAUGCCAGUAUACGUGCCACUAUGGAACUACCUAUGAGAUUAUGACAGUACCAAAUGAUCCCUAUACUUUCCUCUCUUGUGGUGAAGAUGGCACUGUAAGAUGGUUUGAUACUCGAAUCAAAACAAGUUGCACAAAGGAAGAUUGUAAAGAUGAUAUCUUAAUAAACUGUCGGCGUGCUGCCACUUCUGUUGCUAUCUGUCCACCAAUCCCAUACUAUCUUGCUGUGGGUUGUUCUGAUAGCUCAGUAAGAAUAUAUGAUCGGCGAAUGCUUGGUACAAGAGCAACAGGGAAUUAUGCUGGUAGGGGCACUGUUGGAAUGGUGGCACGUUUUGUUCCUCCUCAUCUCAAUAACAAAUCCUGCAGAGUAACGUCUCUAUGUUAUAGUGAAGAUGGUCAAGAGAUCCUUGUUAGCUACUCUUCAGAUUACAUAUACUUGUUUGAUCCCAAGGAUGACACAGCACGAGAACUUAAAGUUCCUUCUGCUGAAGAGAGACGGGAAGAGUUACGGCAACCUCCUGUUAAACGUUUGCGGCUAAGAGGGGACUGGUCAGAUACUGGACCAAGAGCAAGGCCUGAGAGUGAACGAGAAAGAGAUGGGGAGCAAAGUCCUAAUGUCUCUCUAAUGCAAAGGAUGUCAGACAUGCUGUCAAGAUGGUUUGAAGAAGCUAGUGAAGUUGCACAAAGCAAUCGAGGACGAGGAAGAUCACGGUCCAGAGGUGGGACUAAUCGGACAGAUGCUCCUGCUACUAAUAACGUGCCACCUAGUACAGAAUCAGAAACUGCAAUGGAAGUAGAUGGUUCUGAACAACUUCCAUCAUCUUCCUCUUCUACAAUGUCAGCCCAAGCUCCUUCAACAUCAUCUUCAACAGAAAGUCCCCCUUCAACUUCAUUAUUGUCCUCUCCUGAUAAUGAACAAAGGCCUUCUUUAGGGGCCUCAGCUCAACCUGUGCUCCAUCAGUCUGAGUUAAUGGGACCUGAGUUAGCUAUAAUCCGUAGGGGUCUACAGCGACUGAGGCUUAAGAAGGCAGAACAACAGAGACAGCGAGAGCUAGCUGAGGGUUCAGCGCCACAGUCCUCCUCCUCUGAUCAGUCCUCCUCUAAGGGCUCCUCACAGGACGCUCAGACAUCAGAUUCUCCUUCUUCUGUGGUUAACAAACAGCUUGGAUCCAUGUCACUUGAUGAGCAACAGGAUAGAAAUAGUGAUAAGCCACGAACAGGAACAGGUGAACCAGUUUUAAGUUUGCACUACAGUACAGAAGGAACGACUACAAGCACGAUAAAACUGGACUUCACUGAUGAGUGGAGCAGCACAAAUUCAAGCUCUAGAGGGAGUGGAAGUCAUUGCAAAACUGAAGGCCAAGAAGACUCUGUAAAAACAAAAGCCUCAGAAGAGUCAGGGCCUGAAGAUGAAGAAACAAGAGUUCCUGAUGAAUCUCACAAGGAAGACGCAAGUGCUGAAGAACUGAAAACUACAGAUGAAACUAUAGAGACAACAGAAGCAACUGUAUCAGAUAAACCUGGUCCUGAGCAUUCUGGAAUCCAACCAGAAGAAAAUGGUCCCAAUGUUGAUGCUGUCUCUGGAAAUGUAGAGGAAGAAGCUUCCUGUGACAAAAGUGCAAAUCAAGAAAUUUCAAGUCAAAGUACUGAAUCCACUGCCAACUCACUUGCUGCAAACGAUGAACCUCAGCCACACCCAGAAUCCUCAGGGCUUGCAACUCCAGAUGAGUCCUCUACCAGGACCUCAGCUCUCCAAGAAACUGAUGAUAGUGAUGAUGAUCCUGUUCUGAUCCCAGGGGCAAGGUAUCGAGGAGGACCAGGACACAGAUAUAAUAUCAGAGGAACAGCGAUAGGUGAUAGAAUAAUGAGACGAUCUGCUGUUGCCCGCAUUCAGGAGCUCUUCAGAAGGAGGAAAGAAAGAAAAGAAAUGGAAGAACUGGAAACGUUGAAUAUUAGACGUCCUUUAAUAAAGAUGGUUUAUAAAGGUCAUCGGAACUCCCGAACAAUGAUAAAGGAAGCCAAUUUUUGGGGAUCUAACUUUGUCAUGAGUGGUUCAGACUGUGGCCAUAUUUUUAUUUGGGAUCGACAUACUGCUGAACAUCUCAUGCUGCUGGAAGCUGAUAAUCAUGUGGUGAACUGUCUUCAGCCUCAUCCAUUUGACCCAAUUCUGGCCUCUUCGGGUAUUGAUUAUGAUAUAAAAAUUUGGUCGCCAUUGGAAGAAUCCAAGAUUUUUAACAGAAAACUUGCAGAUGAGGUUAUAACACGUAAUGAAUUAAUGCUGGAAGAGACCAGAAACACUAUUACUGUUCCAGCUUCUUUUAUGUUACGAAUGUUGGCUUCAUUGAAUCAUAUAAGAGCAGACCGAUUGGAAGGUGACAGAUCAGAAGGAUCUGGUCAGGAAAAUGAAAAUGAAGAUGAAGAGUAACUGGCAGUUGCGUGCAAGCACCUAGACAUUAAUGGAAUUUGUAUGAGACAUUAAUUAUAUUUUUCCUUACAGAGCUUUAGUGCAAUUCGAAGGUAUUGCUUUUGGAUAACCUAACCUUUUGUUUUUGAAUGACUGUGUGCAUGACUUUGGGAGAGUGUGCAAGUAAAAUAAGCAAAAAUGUUUUUAAAAUGUUUUGCCAUGUAUGAGGGGUGCUAGAAGAUGCAAAGUGCAAUAUUUUCCUUAACCUGCAAAUGUGGGAGCUUGGAUCAAUGUUUUAAAGUAACUUUCAUUGUAGUAAAAACGUUGGUUCAAAUAAAUUUCUAUACUUGCUGUUUGCAUGUUUGUUGCUUUCUAAUUAAAAGAUUUGGUUGUUUUAAGUA